CGCUGAACAUUUCUGCAUAGUGUUAUUGAAGCCAGUCGAGCGACACAAUUCAGCGCCGAGGUACCAUUUUUAGCUCCUAAGUUUCGUUAUUACGGGUACCAAAGUCGGUCUUAAGUUGCAUUAUUACUGUUGCUGAGGCUGUUUGGGUAACAGACACAAACCGAAGCCAACGGCGACACAACCGGAACCACAAGAAAAGGGUGAAGGUGCAAGAAAAGAGGAUACCGUUUAGUCAACCCGAACUAUGGAACUGUCACUGGCUCACCCAGCUGUCAAAGCCUUCAUGUGUGGCGCUCUGAGUGGAACCUGCUCCACGCUACUUUUCCAGCCCCUCGACUUGGUCAAAACACGUCUGCAAACCUUGCAGAACAGCGUGGAGCCUGGUUCUGGCCGUUUAGGGAUGAUGAGGAUGAUCCUGAAUGUCGUGCGGACAGAGAGGCUGCCGGGACUGUGGAAAGGAGUUUCACCGUCGUUAAUGAGGACCAUCCCUGGUAUGGGACUCUACUUCAGCACUUAUGGCUCCUUAAAGCAACACUUCUUCCAGGACAAAAACCCCACGGCCUUGGGAGCAGUUCUGCUGGGAGGCGGGGCCAGGGCGGUGGCUGGGGUCCUCAUGUUGCCUGUGACCGUCAUCAAGACUCGAUAUGAAUGCGGCAGGUUCCGUUACGAGAGCGUCACCGGGGCUUUGCGCAGUGUGUGUCGGACUGAAGGUCCUGCGGCUCUCUACUCUGGCCUGAUGGCCACUAUGCUCCGAGACGUUCCUUUCUCUGGAAUCUACGUUAUGUUCUACAGCCAGAUGAAGAGCAAUUUGCCAAACGAGAUCAGCGUGUCUGCUUUUGCCCCCCUGGCUAACUUCAGCUGCGGGAUCCUGGCGGGGGUGUCUGCGUCGCUCGUCACUCAACCUGCCGAUGUGGUCAAAACACUCGUCCAAGUGAACCCCCAGUUGAGCACGAUCGACGCGGUCAGAUUCAUUUAUAUGGAACAUGGACUUGAAGGCUUCCUAAGAGGGGCGUUGCCACGCUGUCUUCGGAGGACGAUGAUGGCCGCCAUGGCGUGGACCGUGUAUGAGCAAAUGAUGGCAUAUCUCGGACUGAAAACAUGAAAAGGAAAGGUCGAGGUCAAGUUGGUAGACGUCAAAGAAGAGAUGCAGUUGCUCAUAAUGUGUCACGAGUGUAUCUUGUUGCCCUCAGUGAUGGAGUUGCACUUUACACAAGAGCUCGUAAAAGGUGGACACUCAGAAACGUGUUCAUCGGGGGUUAUGGUUGAAGUUGGUUUAACAAAUACUAAUCUAAUGAGUAUUUUUGGUUGCACUUUCAGGUCGAUCACAUUUUAGAAAUUGCUCAGUGAGAGUUCUUAUUUGUAUUUUGUCAGCGCUGUAGUCUAGACCAGUGGCUCGAGAAGACUAACUGCCUAUGUUGAAAGAAAAAAAAAAAAAAGAAGCUGAUAUUUUAAUGCUUACUAUGACACUUUGUAAUACCUCAUCACAGUAUUUAUAGUAUUUUUUAUAAUACAAUAAAACAAAUCUUCAAAGUUGA